AUGGCUAUAAGGCCAAGUCUCAACAAUGGUUGGUCAAUCAAAUCCUACAAGGACCAUGAAAAAGUCCCAUUGUAUCUCAAUAAAGUCUCGUCAGGUCACUCUACCCUCCCAUAUUCUUAUGACCGACUCAAAUUCACAUGCCCAUCAUCAAACGCCAAAAACCACGUGGGUCUCAAUCUCGGCGAAGUUCUUCGUGGAGACCGCAUCUUCAUGUCCGACUACAACAUUGAAAUGCUCCAAGACUCAGCCUGUAACGAACUUUGCACAAAGACCUUAGGUCCCGAUGAAAUUAAGCAGGCUCAAUCUCUCAUCAUGCAAGACUACCAGUCUGAGUGGAUCAUUGACAACCUUCCUGGUGCCACCUCUUUUGUGUCACUAGAUCGCAGCACACGUUAUUACUCUGCUGGAUUCCCCUUGGGAUACUUUGACGAAAAAACAAAAACUUCAUAUCUUUACAAUCAUUUUAUUCUUUUGAUUCGUUACCGCCGCGCACCUAAGAAUCCCGACGAGUACGUUGUAGUUGCCUUUGAAGUUUACCCCAAGUCGGUAGCUGCCAACUCACCUGAAAAAUGUCCAGGAAACAAGGACAAGUUUGCACCAUUAGUCCUGGACUCGGCUGCUGAAUCUAUUACCGUUCCUUAUACCUACACUGUUUAUUUCAAGGAGGAUGAGUCCAUUGAGUGGGAGUCACGUUGGAACAAGUACUUGUCUUACAUGGAUGACACGUCACACAUUCACUGGUUGUCAUUAGUCAACUCUCUUAUCAUUGCAACUCUACUUGCCACGUUUGUUGCCAUCAUUGUGAUUCGCACUCUCAAUAGAGAUAUUACCAAUUACAACAAGCGUGCAGAUAACGAUCUUGAAGACAGUGUUAUUGUUGGAGAUAGCAAGGAUGUUGAGUACUCUGGCUGGAAGCUUGUGUUUGCCGAUGUUUUUAGACCGCCCAUCAAUUCUUCUCUCUUUGCUUCUUUGAUUGGAUCAGGCAUGCAGUUUUUCGUCAUGACCGUUACUGUUGUUGGAUUCUCGUGUCUGGGUGUUUUGAACCCCAGUUACCGUGGUGGUUUGCUCUCCUAUGCACUUUUCCUCUUUGCCUUUUCAGGUGUCUUUUCAGGCUACGUUGCUGAACGCAUUAGCAAAAACUUUGGCAGUGAGCGAUGGGGCAAAAUCGCCAUUUUGACUGCUCUUGUUGUCCCUGGUGCUUUUAUGUUGCUUGUUAUUAUUCUCAACUUUUUCGUCUGGUCGCAAAGUUCCUCGUCUGCCCUACCUUUUGGCACAUUGUUGGCACUCAUGUGCAUCUGGGCCUUUAUUUCAUGUCCUCUUGUGCUUUCGGGUGCCUUUUUGGGCAACAGAGUCAAGCGUACCCCAGUUCCUGUGGAACCCACGGCUAUCCCACGUCAAAUCCCGCGCCAGCCGCGGUAUAAGGGUCUGGUGUUUUCUGCACUUUUGGGUGGACUGCUGCCAUUUGCCGUUAUUUUUGUCGAGCUACGAUUUGUACUUAUGAGUGUUUGGCAAAAGUCGACGUACUACUACAUGUACGGGUUUCUUGCACUUGUGUUUGGAGUGCUAGUUGCAACUGUCAUGGAAAUGUCAAUUGUUGUCACAUACUUCCAGCUCAGCUCGGAGGACUACCGCUGGUAUUGGAAGUCCUUUAUUGUGGGUACAGGUUCAGCAUGGUGGAUCAUGCUCUACUCAGUGUACUAUUACGUGGUUCACCUCAACAUUGACGGCUUUAUUGCGUCACUCAUGUAUUUUGCCUACACUUUUAUGGGGUGUGUGGUUUACGGUCUUAUUACCGGGUCCAUUGGGUUUUUGGCCUCUUAUUUUUUUGUUUUCCGGAUCUACAGUGCCAUCAAGGCUGAUUAA